CUCAGCUAUCGCCCAUCAGGUAACUAUAACGAUGGAAGAGGAAGAAGCAAAACAAACUCACCAGACUAAUAAAAAUAAUAGUAGCAAAGUAGCAGUAUUACCAUGGAUGAGAAAUCCAGUUGAUAUCAGUUCCUUCAGUAUUCAUCCUCUUAGUCAACUUCCUUUUCUUCACCCCAGGUUGGAAGCUGCUUUGUGUAGUAAUGGAAUUAAUUCAUUAUUUCCUGUACAAGUAGCUGUUUGGCAAGAGACUAUAGGACCUGGUUCUUUUGAAAGAGAUAUUUGUGUUAAUUCCCCUACCGGUAGCGGUAAAACCCUAGCUUACGCCUUACCUAUCGUUCAAACACUUUCAUCCCGAGCCGUUAAAUGUCUUCGCGCUUUGAUAGUGUUGCCUACGCGUGACUUAGCUUUGCAGGUUAGGGAUGUGUUUGCAACUAUCGCACCUGCAGUCGGGUUAACUGUUGGUUUAGCGGUUGGUCAGUCAUCGAUAGCGGAGGAGAUUUCUAUGCUUAUAGAGAGGCCGAAAGUGGAAGCAGGUGUAAUUUUUGAUCCUGAACGUUGUGGUCGUGUAGAGUUGAAAAGUGCUGUAGAUAUAUUAGUAGCAACACCUGGAAGGCUCAUGGAUCAUAUUAACAGCACCAAAGGUUUUACACUUGAGCAUCUUCGGUUUCUUGUAGUUGAUGAAACUGAUCGGUUGCUCAGGGAAUCAUAUCAAUCAUGGCUUCCUAUGGUUCUUCAGUGUACCAGCUCUACCGUUGAUGGCCCGUUUGCUUAUGCCGCCACUCCAUAUCCUUUUACAUUUGGUCCUUUGAGGACUAUAAGGAGAGUUGCUGUAGAGAGGGGAUUUAAAAGUAAACCAUACCCGAGGCUCGUGAAGAUGGUUUUAUCUGCCACACUAACCCAAGAUCCAAGCAAGCUUGCUCAACUUGAUCUGCACCAUCCAUUGUUUUUGACAAUUGGGAAGAUACGAUAUCAACUACCAGAACAUCUGGCUUCCUUUAAAUUGAUAUGUGAAGCGAAGAUGAAGCCUCUGUACCUUGUGGCAUUAUUACAAAGUUUACAAGGGGAGAAAUGCAUUGUUUUCACAUCAUCCGUUGAGUCAACUCACAGACUAUGCACUUUACUCAAAUUUUUUGGAGAUUUGGGGAUCAAGAUCAAGGAGUAUUCUGGUCAUCAACAUCAAACUCUUAGAAGCAAGACGUUGAAGGCAUUCCGGGAAGGUGGAGUACAAGUUCUUGUUUCUUCUGAUGCAAUGACACGUGGAAUGGACGUUGAAGGGGUUAGAAAUGUUAUCAACUAUGAUAAGCCUCCAUACAUCAAGACAUAUAUUCAUCGUGCUGGUCGCACUGCAAGAGCUGGGAAUUCUGGGCGUUGCUUCACUUUGUUACAUGAAGAUGAGGUCAAGGGAUUCAAAAAGCUCUUGAAGAAAGCUGACAUUAACUCGUGUCCUGUUCAUACAGUUCCAUCAGAACCAAUAGAGUCCCUCCGAUCGACCUAUGAUGCUGCUUUGGAGAAACUAAAAGAGAGUGUUGAAAUGGGAACAUCAAAGAAGCGCAACAUAGGAUUCAAGAAACGAAAAGUGAGUACUGAAACUAAAUGAGGGUGUUGGACUGAGACGGAGAAACCAACUUGAGGGUUGAAAUGAAAACAUACAAGAAUUAAGGAUAUAAGUGUUGUAUUAUUUUAUAGUUGCUCUAAAUUCAAAAUCUACAAUAUUGAUGUAGAUUCAGUUUUGCAGUUUAUAGAGUGGCAGAUGAUCAAUUUGGGUUGGUGUAUACUUUAUUAUCAUUGCAGGAUGUACUAACAUUUUUCUCAUUAGGUUUUGCUGGGUUUACUUUUUUUGGAA